CGUCGAAACUGUACAGAUAUUGCUGUGGAAUUACCGGUAUUACACUAACAUGCGUGUUUUCAGAUACAUCCAUCCAUCCAUCUGAGCAGCUUUUUCUCACCAGGGUCGCGGGUGAGCUGCAGCCAAUCCUAGACGCCAUCGGUUAGUAUUUAUUUAUUUGCUCUUAUUAUUUUAUCUAUUUAUCAUUUUAUUUAUAUAUACACGCUUUGCUUCGUGGCCAGUGCGCAUGCCCCAAGCAAGCCGGGUGUCCUGUGUCAGCCGGCCAGCAGCUGUUCUGGGCUGUGAACGCUCUCGUCGAGAGUAAAACACCAAGAAUAACCCAAGAGGUGUUGCCACAGAUAUGCCACUGAGUCGGUGUUGACCGGGUAGUGGGUAAAGACGCUGAUUUCACCCCGGCGUGCCGCGAGCUAACCGAGGCUGACAACAUACCAUCAGCUGGUAUAACGACGCACCUAACGGAUGAGCUGACAUCCUGACGCGGUUUUAACUUGGUGCCGCUCGGAACCAGUCAAAAAGCCGGACUGUCUCUCGAGUCUGUUGAGCUAACAAGGCUAAAGGCUAAGAGUCAGCCGGGACAGUCGCCGCGGACGCGCUUGCUUUUGGAAGCCACAAUGCUCAUAGCCUCCGCCGGGGCAACACGUACAAGCCCCGCCUCUGGAACCAAGAAGCACAGGCGUCGAGGCAAAAAGCACCGCAGAGUCCGCACUGAGGAAACCGGUUCUGAUGACCUUUGUGACAGACUACAACCCCGGACACAGGAAGACCUCUCAGUCUUACCCGUCACUCCCAAAACAGCCCCGCCUUUACAAAGUACAAGUAGUGACACCACAGUUGAAGCUCAAGAAGUAACCCCUCACACUGUGGAUACAUGCUUCCCUCACCUGGCCCCCCCAACCAAAAAUUUAAUACAUACCCCUUCAGAUCAUUGUUCUAGAGAUGUUAUUCACAGCACCAUCCUCCUCCCUCUUAUCCCCCUGACAGAGACACACCUCAGACAGCCACUUUCUAUUACACAUCACGAGCCCACCCAAAACCAGCCACUUCCUAUUAUACCUGAGAGUACAGCCCACAGCCAGCCACUUCCUUUGCUAAUGCAGAGUCCCGCCCACAGCAAAUCACAUCCUGUUUCACCCCAUAGCAGGCAUUUAUUUUCCAACCCCACUGAAAGCCCUUCCCAUAGUCCGACACUUUUUGAUCCUGAUCUGACCCCCACCCACAGCCAAUCACAUCCUACCCAAGGUCAUAAUCCAGCCUGUAGCCAUCCGCUUCCUGUCCUGGCUCACAUUCCUUCCCAAAACAAAUCACUUGCUGUCUCGCCUCAGAGAAGGCAUUUACUGACUGUCUCACCUCAGAACCCUGCCCAUAGCCAGUCACUUCCUGCUCCAUCUUGGAGCGCCACCAACAGCCUGUUACUUGAUCUCCCAUCUCUAGGCCCCACCCACAGUCAUUCAUGUUCAAUGCCAUCUCAAAACCCUACCUACAGCCCUGCACAUCCUGCCUUAUCUCAGAUAUUUACCCAGAACCAGUCACCUGCUAUCCCAUCUCAGAGUCACACUCAUAACACUAGCCAAUCACCAUCAAGUGUCAAGAAGGGAAUGUCAUAUGAUUUCAGCACAUGGAGUCAUUUAACAUUUGAAAAUUCUAAGUCUAGUCAUGCAACCAAAACUACCACCCUGUGUACAGCUAAAGCCUCUACUACUCCUCCAGUAAGCUCUUCCCCCCUGAAUCCAUUACUGCCCACCUCUGUGAGCCUCACCACAACUGUCUCCUCAUCCCAUCCUUACUCCCCACCGAUCUCUUCCUCUGCCACCUCCCUUCCAAACUUAAACUGUAACCCUUCAAAUUCGAUGAUAUCACUGCCAAUGUGCAUGGUCACACCGUCACAUGCUCCUUUGAGCCCACCACCUGCAGAUUUAACCCUGCCCUCUUCUCAGCUUCUGGGCUCCGAUGAUGAAGAACAGGAAGAUCCAUCAGAUUACUGCAAAGGUGGUUACUACCCAGUCACCAUCGGAGACCUCUUUAAUGGGAGGUACCAUGUGGUCCGCAAACUUGGCUGGGGACAUUUCUCUACCGUUUGGCUUUGCUGGGACCUGCAGUACGACUCUGAAGAAACGCUUUGUUGCAUUGAAGGUGGUGAAGAGCGCACACCAUUACACAGAGACUGCUCUGGAUGAGAUCAAACUGCUCAGAUGUGUGAGGGACAGUGACCCAUCUGACCCCCACAGGGAGACAAUUGUCCAAUUAAUUGAUGACUUCAAGAUUUCUGGAGUCAAUGGCGUGCAUGUGUGUAUGGUUCUGGAGGUUCUUGGUCAUCAACUGUUAAAAUGGAUCAUCAAGUCAAACUACAUGGGCCUUCCUCUGGUAUGUGUCAAGAACAUCAUCAAACAGGUGCUACAGGGUGUGGACUACCUGCACACGAAGUGUAAGAUCAUCCACACAGAUAUAAAACCAGAGAACAUCUUGCUGGACGUAGAUGAGGUCUACAUCAGGAGGCUCGCUGCUGAGGCCACUAUCUGGCAGAGAGCUGGAGCCCAGCCCCCUUCUGGCUCAUCAGUCAGCACAGCUCCCAGGGAUGUCCAGGUUGUUAAAAUGUCCAAAAACAAAAAGAAAAAAUUGAAGAGAAAAGCUAAGCGGCAAGAGAAACUGUUAGAGGAGAGACUGGUGGACAUUCAGAAAAUGGAUGAGGAAGAUGACACACACACUAACUGCAACACUUCCUGCACUGCAACCAACAACAAAGUGCGUCCAAUCUCAUCUUGUUCUUUGUUGGAGGACGGUUGCAACGGCCACGGCCCCAGGCGGUUCUCAAGCCCUGCGUCUGUCUUCUCGGGGUUCUCCAGCUCAGUGAACUCAGCCACGUCAGAAUCAACACUAUCCACACAGUCAGGUUACUCCGGUGGACAAGACUUGGUUAGCGCGUCAGACUUCAUCCUCAGUCCUCUUGAACCUCAAAACGCCAACAAGCUGCGAGUGAAGAUUGCUGAUUUGGGAAAUGCUUGCUGGGUGCACAAGCAUUUCACUGAGGACAUUCAGACAAGACAGUACCGUGCCCUGGAGGUUCUGAUUGGAGCAGAGUAUGGACCGCCGGCUGACAUCUGGAGCGUCGCCUGCAUGGCGUUUGAGUUGGCCACGGGCGAUUAUUUAUUUGAACCUCAUUCUGGAGAAGACUACACAAGAGAUGAAGAUCACAUCGCUCACAUCAUCGAGCUGCUGGGCCCCAUCCCUUUGCCGUUCGCCUUGUCUGGGAAAUACUCCAGAGAAUACUUCAACAGACGAGGUGACCUUCGCCACAUCUCCAGCCUGAAGCCGUGGGCUCUCUUCGAGGUCCUCUUGGAGAAGUACGAGUGGCCUCUCGACCAGGCCGCUCAAUUCAGCGACUUUCUGUCCGGCAUGUUAGAGAUGGAGCCGGAACGCAGGGCGACUGCCGCCGAGUGUCUGCAGCACACUUGGCUUCAGCCAUGAGCGCGUGUGUUUGUGUGUUUGUGUGUGUGUGUGUGUGUGUGUGUGUGUGCGCGUGUGUGCAUGCGAGUGUGCGUGUCGUCACGAUGGCGUAAGUAAUGUUGAAAGUGGACUUUUUGCUUUAUGUCACUCAAAGGAAGAGAUACCACAACCGCAAACCAUGGUUAUUAUUGUUUGGGAAUUUUCAUGAUAGUUAAUCUUUUUUUUUUUUAGUUUUAUUUCAGUUUUUUUAAACACUUGUAGUUUAGUUUUGGUUAGUUUUAGUGUUAGUUUUCAUUUAUUUUUUAAAAAUGUUGUGUAUUAUGUGCAAGGAAAAACAAAACUCUUAAAUAUUGUGUAGUGAAAGUUUAACAAUAAAAAAACAUUUUAAAAGCAUACAGUGCAGGUACUGAUAACAGUCCACAGACCUUUAAUUGCAGUGCCCAAUACCGCUUCUAAAGUUGGAUGGAUCACUAGGAUGCCUUGUUUGCCAGGUUGCAAUGCAACUUGUAUGACCUGUGGCUUGAAUUCCUGGUAAGUAUAAAACCCGAUUGUACAGUGUACCAUUUUUUUUAAUACUCUCUGUAUAUUUUUUUCAUACAUGAGCCAAAAAAUGAAAACACUACUUAUCUAGCAUUGCAUUUCUGGCUGAGUUACAUGAGGGGGAGGGGAGCUAUUCGAGCCAAUCGUCAAACACUCAAACUUGUCGCCUUGAAGCAAUGUCACUUGUGACUCUUUUUAUUGGCUGCUGCUAGAUCAUUAGUUUUACACCUGGGUUUGAUCGAACCCCAGGAGUUCGGGGAAUCAGUCUCAGGGGUUCGACGGAGCCUCUGCCAUGGAGGUUAAGACACACCGACUCGAUAUGUUAAUUAGUUAUUGCACGCCCGCGGCAGAUGUUCACAUUACAUUGCUUGUCCAAUUGCUGCUGCGGGAAAUUUAGUUUGCUCAGUAGACAACGUGUGACUGUCGUGAUAGUAUGUCAUGCACAGUUCAUUUUGUGCACUUGAAAUUUUAUUUUUACUUUAUUCUGUUUUUCAUAAAUGUGUUUUUUAAUGUCUUGAAUUUGUAAAAAAAAAAAUUCAUAUUUUUAUUUUUCACUAAUGAAGGCUUCGAUGAAUGUGCAUUUGAACUGGUUGGGUUCAGUACCUCCAACAAGGUUUAGAACCACUGUCCUAGGACUUCAACUCCCAGAUGACUGAACGUCCUUCUUCUGGCUAAUACCGAAAUCAAAACAUUUAAAAUAAACCUCAAAGGCUCAAGCAUUAAAUUUAUUGCCAAAGACAAAACAAAAUACAUUUCUGCUAUAAUUACAGUUGGUUUUAAAUUAGUUUUGGAAACAUAAAAUGCAGUGAGUUUUUUUUUUUUUUUUUAAUAAAGCGUGUUCUUUUUUUUUCAAACAAUUUUGUUUUCACUGUAACCUUAUUUCAUGAGUUUUCGUUUAAUAUAAUAACCUUGCCUCGCUCUAAGUUGACACCAGUGUCAUAAAGCUGCAUCGCACUCCUUCCUGUUUGGCUUAGGUUUCAAACUUGGUGCUUUGUGUCUGCCUUCUUAUCUUCUGACAAGGCCAUUUGAGACAUGAUGAGCUGAUCGAGUACACGUUUUUAACGUACCCGAGUGGACUCGUUGUUUUUGGGCUUAAUUUUGGAACUUUGACGAAUAGUUUUGAUUGAGCUUGUGUUCUUUGUGACCACCAACAAGCAACUUCCUGCUGUGUAGAUGAGCUUCCUGUUGUGAAUAACGAGUGCCUUUCAGUCAGCCCUGAUCCUUGACUGCCUCACAGUGACUUUUUUUUUUUUAAAGACAUGUCCACCUUUUGUGUGAACUGUUUCUUCUGUACAAAAAUAAACUCAAGAGCACCACUGACA